AUGAAGGUCGCCGCCAUCCUCUUUCCCGCCGCGGCGCUGGGGUCUGCAAGCCCGGUCAGAACGCCCAAGUCGAUACCAUCUCGGGACGGGCAGAACGAAUGUGAUUGCUCUAAGCCUUUGUACGCCGACAUUAGUUAUUGGGAUUCUUUCUGCCCGGAUGGCUACGAGGAUAUCUCUACGAGCGCCUUGUCGAUGUCUUGUCGGCAGGUUAGCUGCUCGGAGCAGGAUUACAAAGAAGCUCAAUGCGGUGCCGAGCCAAAGGAGGAAACGCCUAAGGAGGAAACGCCUACAAUUGUGGCAGAAGAGCCACCAAAGAGUUUUGGGUUACUGUCUGCCCGGAUGGCUACGAGAAUAUCUCUGCGACCGCCCUCUCAUCGUAUUGUCAGCAGGUUGGCUGCUCGAAGCAGGAUUACAACAAAGCUCAAUGCGGUGCCAAGUCGCCUCAAGACGCGAAUCCUGCAAUUGACCCCCGCAAUAUAG